AGAAAAACGUAUAUAUUACAUUUUAAGUAGGUGUUUUAAAUCCUAAUAAUAAUAAUAAUAAUAAUAAUCAGGUUUUAUUUUUUCAAUACAAGCGGAUGAGACCGCUUGCACUACAAUUCCUGAUACUAAUAAACUACAUUUCCCGUGGUGCCCUUCUCCCAGGUUCCGUGACGUGGGUGACGUUGCGAGGGGGCGUGUGUUAGAGAGACAGACAGACACACCUCCACAGGGCAGGCAGCUUCACUAACAGAGAACGAGGCGACCUUUCUGCGAAAUUCAUCCGACCAUCAAGGGGGUUUUUGGGGGACUCGAAAGCCGCAUUUUUUUUUUUUUGCCGAAGCUUUUAUACCGGGAUAAUCAGGAGAGUAUGAUAUGUUGAUCCAGACUCGGUUGCUCAGCAGACUGUCCAGUUUGAGGAGGGUGUGGGCGGUGGAUCGAGGUCCUUUCAGCUGACAUUGUGACCCCCAUCGCGGGUUGUGGAGCAGGAGGGAGGUUCACAGGAAGGAGAGAUGGAGAGAACGCAGACCAAAUACAUCAACCGAGGGGAAGAGGAUGAGAUGGAGGUGUGGGGGUUCCUGCCCUGCCGCUGCAGGCUCCUGCUCCUCCUCUUGGGGGUGCUGUGCUCAGGGGGGUUCCUGCUGCUGGUUCUGUUCUGGGUGCCGGAGUGGAGCGUGCGCUGGACCUGCCGGCCGGUACCGCUGAGCCAGGCCCGGGUUCUACUGCUCAGAACCACGGAUGAGUUCGGGUCCUGGUUUCGGGUUCAGGUUCACACUCUGCUGGCCCCUGGCAGUGACCCCUGGGGACCCCGCAGAAAGGGGCGGAGCCUGCUGGAGAGGUUGAGGGGGAGGGGCCAGAGGGCAGGGACUGCGAGGAGGGGCUACUGCCCAAGACACGCCCACCUCAGAACUGUGAG